ACAGAAGGAAGAAGAAACACUGCGAGUCCAAAUCAGAUUGGAGAGGAGGAAGAAUGGCGCAGCAAGUGCAGAAGAACACGUUAUACGUGGGAGGGUUGGCGGAGGAGGUCAACGAGUUGAUUCUCCACUCGGCUUUCAUCCCGUUCGGCGACAUCAAAGACGUGAAGACGCCGCUCGAUCAGGCCACACAGAAGCACCGCUCCUUCGGAUUCGUCACUUUCUUGGAGAGAGAGGACGCCGCCGCCGCCAUGGACAACAUGGACGGCGCCGAGCUCUUCGGCCGCGUCCUCACCGUCAACUACGCCCUCCCCGAGAAAAUCAAGGGAGGCGAACAGGGUUGGGCCGCUCAGCCCAUUUGGGCAGAUGCAGACACGUGGUUUGAGCGACAGCAACAAGAGGAGGAAAUGCUGCGUAUGCAGAAGGAGAACAAGGCUGCCAUGGAGGCUGCGGAAGAGCUGCACAGGAAGAAGAUGGCGCAAGAGCGAGACGGGGAGAAAGAAGAGGAGAUUAAGAAUGACCCCAUGGCAAUGGCUGAAGCAGAGGUUCUCAAACAGGAGGACUAGUUCCGUUGCUUCCAAGUGAGGCAUCGUAGGAAGAUAGUCAUGUAGUUCUGUCAAAUCCGUGUCCUUGUUAAACUCAGUUGUAAUGAAACAUUUACUGAUUGUGAAUUCACAUGGUUAGGCAGGCAUCCCAGAACUGUUGAAAGGGUUUUGGUUGUUGUGGGGUGCUUGGUUUUGAUUGUAUGGGUGGAUAAUAGCUUCUGUGAUACCAGUUUGAAAUGGAUGACUCUUUAACUCUGAUAUCUGAUUAUGUUGUGGAUUUAUAUUCUUUUUUGU